AUGUCUCUGAUGCCGUUGGGAGUGCUUUUCAAUCGAUCUGCUUCCAAGCAGCUGGAGCCACAGCUGGCCAUUUCUGAGCUUUUCUUGCUGCAGUAUGGCAUCUCGAUGAAGCCGGGCGACCAGGGGCAACCUGGUCCCAGCACGAAAGCUGCGUACGGAGAGAUUGCAGCUGCAGUGCAUGUGGCCGACAAAGCCAUUAUACCGAACGUCAUCAAUGCGGUGCUUCACCGGUUCGGAGAGAUGUGUGCCCAGCAUGCGCUGGUCCAGGUGGACUUCGCCCCUCUUGGGGAGCUCAAGUGCGAGCACCAGCGCUUGGAAUUCGUCUCUUCCAGUGUCCAGGCGAAGGAGGCCCACCGGGCGGAUUUGCUCAUGAGCUCGCCAAGACUUAGACUAAUGAUAGUAUCGCUUCGUGAUUCCGAGGUGCGGUAG